AUGUGCAUACUAGCACGUAUUUGUUUGGCCGAGCGCGGAAUCCCCACGUUGUCAGCUUCACCAGGGCAAAGUAGGUUGAUUAGCGCUAGAGGUAUUCGAAUAGUUACUUCUAUGACCACUUUAGUCGCAUAUUCUGAAGCCUCUUCUGAAGAAGAAGAGACAACUUCUGAGCAGAAGGACUUGAAUGCCCGACUAUUAUCUACAAAAAAGAAAUUAAAACUAGAAAUAGCACCACUUAUUGUUUCUAAGGAAACAACACUGGCUGUGCCUCGUUUAAUAGAUCCCACACAAAAAGUUUUAUACUACAACCCGAAAGUUGAAGAGUUUUCUGGUGUUGACGUUGGCCCUCAUAAUCCUUAUAAAACUAGGCAAGAAGGUGCUAUAAGAAACAUACUAACAGGUUAUGUGGAAGAUGCUGCUUUCAGUGAAUUUGCUUUUGAAGAGCAAAGAAGAACUUUUGAACAACUCGGUUAUGCAGCGGAUCCAGCAAUGGCCUUAGAAGCUGUAGGAGAUACCGAGAAGGCUAAAUCCCUUAAAAAUGCUACAAUUUAUGAUUCAACUUUAAAGAUAAAGCAUGAUAGGCCAAGAGAAGAUUACGGUGAUGUUAGCGAUGUCAAUAAUUUUCGAGGCGUUUGGCGUAAAUAUACUGAUGAACAAAUCAUCGCGGCGCCUACAAAAGAAGAACAGGAAUUGUUGGAUAGCUGGAAAGAAAAGGCGACCUCUUCCUUUGGCGUAAAAGGAAAGCCGAAAGACUUUACUGAAAAGUCGGUUCUGCACUUAAAAGAAACUCAUGACUAUCAGGGAAGAACUUUCAUGGAGACUCCGAAGGGUUGCUUGUUUAUUAUUAUAAUACUUUUUUGUACAACCCGAAAGUUGUUUUAA